GGCCGCGAUGAGAGAUGAGUUUGGUCCAGUGACUGAUCGCGAGAGCCGAGAGGCGUUGCUCUUCCUGCCGGGUGCACGACACUAGGUCGUUCGCGUCUUGGAACGGUAUCGCCUCGCGGCAGUCCGUCGGUCCAUCCCCCAACAGCGAGCGUCUCUUCGUCAUCCCCUCCGCGCCACGUCCACCAUGACCACCGCCACCGCACGAGAACUGCCCCCCGGCAACAAGUAGGGGUUGCGCUUUCCCCUCGCAGGGGCUGCGGGCUGAGGCUCGCCCUCCCCACCCAUCCCCGCACCGCGACAGACUUUUCAUUUCGGGAGCACCCCGACACUCUCCGCCAUGUUCCGCCUGGCAGGGCGCGCCGCCGCGGGGCGCAGCGGGGCCGCCCAGCAGGCCCUGCAGGCCCUGAGCCCCGCCAGCCCGCUGGCCGCGACGCAGCGCUCGUCCUCCUCGGGCAGGCCGGAGCUGGACGCGCUCCGCGGCAAGGUGAUCGCCAUCCGGCGCGAGGACCAGUCCGUGUGGGAGCGACGGGCACCCCUCGCCCCCGCCAACGUGCGCCGGCUCACGCGCCUCGGCGUCAAGGUGCUGCUGCAGCCCUCCAACCGCCGCGCCUACCCCAUGCUGUCCUACCAGAACGCGGGCGCCAUCAUCCAGGAGGACAUCUCCGAGGCGAGCGUCAUCUUCGGCGUCAAGCAGGUACCCAUCGACCAGCUGCUGCCCAACAAGACCUACUGCCUGUUCUCGCACACCAUCAAGGCGCAGGAGUCCAACAUGCCCCUGCUGGACGCCAUGCUGGCUAAGAACAUCCGCCUGAUCGACUACGAGAAGCUGAUGGACGAGCGCGGCCAGCGCGUGGUGGCGUUCGGCAAGUACGCCGGCGUGGCCGGCAUGGUCAACAUCCUCCACGGCCUGGGCCUGCGCCUCCUGGCCCUGGGCCACCACACGCCCUUCAUGCACAUCGGCCCCGCCCACAACUACCGGAACUCGUCCAUGGCCCGGCAGGCGAUCCGGGACGCGGGCUACGAGAUCUCCCUCGGGAUGAUGCCCAAGUCGGUGGGGCCACUCACCUUCGUUUUCACAGGGUCCGGCAACGUCUCCAGCGGCGCGCAGGAAGUGUUCCAGGAGAUGCCGCACGAGUUCGUGCCUCCGGAAAUGCUUCAGAAGGUGGCGGAGCACGGAGUGACGACGAAGCUGUACGCGUGCGAGGUGAGGAGAAGGAACCACCUCGUGAGGAAGGACGGCGGCAAGUUCGACCCCGAGGACUACGACAGGUACCCGUCCAAGUACAUUUCCACGUUCAGCAAGAAGAUCGCGCCGUACGCGUCCGUGAUCGUGAACGGCAUCUACUGGGCCGUGGACUCCCCCAAGCUGCUCACCAUCCCGGACGCCAAGCAGCUGCUGCAGCCCGCGCACACGCCCUGGCUGCCCACGUCGCCGGGCACGCCCGCGCUGCCACACCGCAUGCUGGGCAUCUGCGACAUCUCGGCCGACCCGGGCGGCUCCAUCGAGUUCAUGAACGAGUGCACCACCAUCGACAACCCGUUCUGCCUGUACGACGCGGACCGCAACAAGGACACCGCCAGCUUCAAGGGGCCCGGCGUGCUGGUGUGCUCCAUCGAUAACAUGCCCACCCAGCUGCCCAGGGAGUCGACGGACUUCUUCGGCGACCUGCUGUACCCGUACGCGCUCAGCAUCAUCCAGUCCGACGCCACGGUGCCGCUCGAGAAGCAGCACUUCGCGCCAUCCGUCCUGGGGGCCAUCAUCGCCAGCAAUGGCAAGCUCACGCCCAACUUCGAGUACAUCCAGGAGCUCCGGAACCAAACCACGCGCAGUAAGCAGAAGCAGCUCUACAAGGAGGAGACGGCACAGAGGGCGCUGGUGCUCGGGGCAGGCUACGUCAGCGCACCCGUCAUCGAGUACCUGAACCGCGACAAGAACGUGGCCGUCACAGUCGCGUCCUCCCUCAAGGACGAGGCGGACAAGCUCGCUGCCAAGUACCCGGGCGUGAAGCCCGUCAUCCUGGACGUGAUGAGCCGGCCCGACAACCUGCGCGACCUCGUGGAGGAGGCCGACGUCGUGGUCUCGCUGCUGCCUUACACCCUGCACCACGUGGUGGCCGAGGCCUGCGUCGACACCAAGACCAACAUGGUGACGGCCUCGUACUGCACGCCCGCCAUGCAGGCCCUGCACGAACGCGCCGUGGAGGCCGGCAUCACCGUGGUGAACGAGGUCGGCCUGGACCCCGGCCUCGACCACCUCCUCGCCAUGGACUGCUUCGACGAGGUGCACCAGGCCGGCGGCAAGGUCAUGUCCUUCGUGUCCUACUGCGGCGGCCUCCCCGCGCCCGAGUGCUCCGACAACGCGCUGCGCUACAAGUUCUCCUGGUCGCCGCGCUCCGCCCUGCUCAACACGCUGUCCACGGCCAAGUACCUCAGGAACAACGAGGUGGUGGACAUCCCCGCCGGCGGCGAGCUCAUGCGCACCGUGCACGACCUGGACUUCCUGCCCGGCUUCGCCCUCGAGGGCUUCCCCAACAGGGACUCGCUGGUGUACUCGCAGCUGUACGGCAUCGCCGGCGAGGCCAGCACCGUGCUCAGAGGCACGCUGCGCUACAGAGGCUUCACCGACACCAUGCAGGGCCUGCAGAUCCUGGGGCUGAUCAAUAUGGACCCCCAUCCCGCUCUGCAUCCGAAGGGGCCUGAGAUUACCUGGCGGGCUUUCGUGUGCAACCUGCUGGGCAUCGCGGACGUGGACAUCUUCUACGAGAACCUCAAGAGCAAGUUGGCGGACCGGCUGGGCAGCGCCGAGCGGCUGGCGGCCAUCGAGAGCCUCGGCCUGCUGUCCGACGACGCCAUCCAGAAGAUGGACACGCCGCUGGACACGCUGUCGCACUACCUGUCCAAGCGCCUGGUGCUCGAGCCCCACGAGCGCGACCUCGUGAUCCUGCGCCACGACGUGGACAUCCUGUGGCCGGACGGGCGCCGCGAGCUGCGCGGCAUCAACCUGGUGGCGUACGGCGACGGCGACGCCAACGGCCACUCCGCCAUGGCGCGCACCGUCGGCUUCCCCGCCGCCAUCGCCGCCAAGAUGGUCCUCGACGGGGAGAUCCAGAAGCACGGCAUGGUGCUGCCCUUCACGCGCGACAUCUACCGGCCGAUGCUGUCCAGACUCAAGUCCGAGGGCAUCGAGCCGUUCGAACGAUCCAAGUGGCUGUGAAGGGGCCCGAGUGUCAACGAGUUUUAAAUUUGUGACGUGAACGCACUUGGCGGAAUCGAAUUUAUGCCGAGAUGAUGGACAAAGAGUAAGCGUUACUCGAAGAUAGAGGAAAGGGGAAUGACAACUGUGACUGAGAAAAAUGAUGUAGCUCGAUAGCGUCUGUGUUCGUCUCUAAGUCUACUGCCUUUACGUUGUGCUAGUGUUUAAUUUUAAGUGUUAUGUGUUACUGUAUACCAGAAUUAUUUUAUGUACGCGCCAAUAAAGUCGUACCAACUCGUUUCA